GCAAAGAACUAUUCGAUGUUGGGCUUUUACUCUGGUUCUCUUAUUGUGCUCUUCAUUUUUUUUCAGUUUGAAAUUCUUGAUGGUCCAGAUGAGAAUGGAGAAAUGUUCACCCGUCCUGGGAAGCUGUCUGAUUAUUUCCCCAAGCCGUAUCCCAACAGCGAGGCUGGGAGAGCAGCAAAUAAUGGCGCAUUGCCUCCUGACCUUAGCUACAUUGCCAAUGCCAGGCAUGGUGGGGAGGAUUAUGUCUUUUCAUUGCUCACAGGGUACUGCGACCCCCCUCCUGGCGUCACCUUGAGGGAAGGACUGUACUAUAACCCAUACUUCCCUGGGCAAGCUAUUGGAAUGGCACCCCCCAUUUACAACGAGAUCCUUGAGUAUGAUGAUGGCACUCCAGCCACCAUGUCUCAGGUUGCUAAGGAUGUUUGCACGUUCCUGAGAUGGGCUUCUGAGCCAGAACACGAUCAUCGCAAGCUUAUGGGUCUCAAGGUAAUCAUGAUCGCUUCUCUUCUAAUCCCGCUGGUGUACUACAUGAAGAGGCACAGAUGGAGUGUUCUAAAGAGCAGAAAGAUUGCCUACAGACCACCAAAGUAACGAAUGUACUGAACACCUCCACACUCGCAGACCUCUUUACUUUGUGCAUUACUGGCCUCAUCUGAGAGAAAGUGAUGGAUAUUGAUCAGUCCUUUUCCUUCCUCCCUGGGACAAGAAGCUGCAGAGACAGACAGAACACUUACUGUAUCAUUCGCACACGCUCGGCAUCUGUAGAUUAUUUUCUUCCAGUUAUUUUUUUUUCUCCAUUUUGAGUCUUUUUUUUUUUUUUGUGUUGUCCACAAUAAAUAACUUUGUGGAGAUGGAAAAAGGACUAGAAGGAGAAAGUAUUUGAGAAAAAUGUCUGUCCGUUAAUUCCCUACUUGGGGAGGCUAAUAAAUUAACAAUAUUUUAAAUUUAAA